ACUUUACAUACAACUUGGCCAGAGCAACCUAACAACAACAUUUUUACGCAUGCGCGGUGUGCAUGCACGUGUUCAUCUAGUAUCGCCAACUUCAUCAGUAUGGGUCGUCCAGGCUUUGGUGGAGGUCGUGGUGGCGGCGGAUUUCGAGGAGGUCGAGGAGCACGUGGAGGAGGACGAGGCGGCGGCAGAGGAGGCGGUCGAGGAGGCGGAUUCAGAAGUCCGGCUGGAAGAGGGAGAGGUGGAAGAGGCGGAGGUUUUCGUGGAGGGAUGAGAGGAGGCAGCAGAGUGACAAUAGAACCUCAUCGACAUGAAGGUGUGUUUAUAGCACGAGGAAAGGAGGACGCUUUGGUAACAAGGAAUUUAGUGGCAGGAGAGAGUGUGUACGGCGAGAAGAGAAUCAGUGUGGAUACAGAGGAUGGUAACAAAAUAGAAUAUCGUGUCUGGAAUCCUUUCCGGUCGAAGCUGGCUGCCGCCAUACUUGGUGGUGUUGAUCAAAUUCACAUCAAGCCGGGCAGCAAAGUUCUCUACUUGGGUGCAGCUUCUGGAACAACAGUGUCACACGUAGCAGAUAUUGUCGGCCCAGAGGGGCUUGUUUAUGCUGUUGAGUUUUCACAUCGUUCAGGUCGUGAUCUGAUCAACGUAGCCAAAAAACGAACGAACAUCAUUCCAAUAAUCGAAGAUGCUCGUCAUCCUCACAAGUAUCGAAUGUUGGUAGGAAUGGUCGAUGCAAUAUUUGCUGAUGUCGCUCAACCAGAUCAAGCCAGAAUCGUAGCUAUCAAUGCUCACAGUUAUCUUAAAAAUGGAGGAAAUUUUGUCAUCUCAAUCAAAGCUAAUUGUAUUGACUCGACUGCCGAACCAGCAGCCAUAUUUGCUGGAGAGGUAAAGAAGCUCAAAGCCGAGAAGAUGAAACCACAAGAACAGCUCACACUCGAGCCGUACGAACGAGAUCAUGCCGUCGUAGUUGGCAUUUACAGACCGCCUUCGAAGGCAUAGACAGAGGACCAUAUACAUUUGUAAGAAGUUUGAGUAGCUUGUAACUGUGAGUAGGAUCGCAUCAGAUCAGAUCACGUGCUAGUAUGAAUCUUUGGGGAAUUGUCACGUGAUUUCAUAGUGU